AUGGAAUUUCCAAACCAGAUCAUCAUGGUUAACUUGGAAUCAUCUAAAUACUUUGCUGAUGCAAUUUACGACGAGUUAACCGAUCAAGGUGUCCACAUUUCUCGAAUGGGAAUUAAAAGAUCACAAUAUCCAAAUGGCGAAAAGUAUUAUAAGCUAGAAAUUCCCAAUGCAUUCUCUCUUCUCGGUAAAACAGCAUUAUACGUUGGAUCCAUUGUCUCUGAUGAAGAUAUUUUCGAUGUUCAACGAAUUGGCUAUACAUUGGCUUAUUCUGGAAUCAAAAGAAGAAUAUUUGUUAUUCCAUUCUUAGCCUAUUCUUCAAAUGACAGAGCUAUUUCUCCAGGAGAAGUUGUAGUUUCAAAAAUUAAUCAUACUCUCUUCAGCUCUUUAGGAGCCACCGAUGAAGGAAACGUUUUUGUUUUCUUGGAUCUUCAUACAGCCGGCCUUUUGCACUAUUUCGAAGGCUCCUGCCUUAGAAUUGAAUUAUACGGUCAGAGAGCACUUUGCGAUGCCAUCUACUCCGCAGGCUUUGACAUGUCUAAAGUCGUUAUCGGAGCUCCUAACCUUCGAGAUUCUAAGUGGGUUAACUCAUACGCUUCAGAAUUCAAAGUUCCAAUUGCCUUCGUUACUCAGAACUCAACACUUGAAGAGAACUCUCCAGGAAGCUUAGUCAUUGGCGACGUACAAGGAAAACAUGUGAUUGUUUACAGCGAUUUGAUUAGAUCUUCUUCUGCAGUUAUAAACGUAACAAAAACAUACCUAAAUGCUGGUGCAAGCUCAGUAGACUUCAUGCUUUCGCAUUUCGCCAUUGUUGAUGAAAAUCAAAUCAAAGAAAUCGCAGAUUCUCCUGUUUCAGGAAUUUACGCUACAAACUCUCAUCCUAUUACACAAACAGAACUAGUUAGAUCAUCUCCAAAGUUCCAUAUCAUUGAUAUUGCUCCAUAUUUUGCAAGAUGUCUUUUCGAGAUGCUUCCUUCAGAUAGAUUCCCAAGAUUAUCCGUUUAA